CCCUCCUCGGGAUAGGACGCAAAAACGCAAUCGUCCGGGACUUGUACAACUUGAAUGACAUAAAAGUGGAACCCCCAUCUUCUCUGUAAGAGAGACACUGUUUCCAAAAUAUUCUAACACAAAUGUUCUGUAUGGAAGCGGUUGCGACGGAAAACGGUUCAUCUCGAUAGAGCAUUGUUAUGUUUCGGAAAAUUGCUACAACGACUUCCCAACGCAAUCUUAAGUGAGUGAGUGUGAUAGGUUUCUCUGUGUGUUACGCAAGCGAUAAGAAGAGUUGCUGUCUGCCAAGAAGAGCUGAGAAGAUGAAGUGAAAAACGUGUGACUUUAAAGUUAUCUGGUACAGAAGAGAGCAAAAUUGAGUGUGGGAAGUAACCAUCCCAGCAGAUGGGAAAUGUGUGAUAUGAAAUGAUCCAGUUUAUGUUGGAAAUUUCCAAGAAGAAGGCAAAUAUUUUGAUGAAAAAGAUGAAUCUUAAAACGACGAUGAGAAGUGAUUGUUAGAAACGAAAAUUGAAGUGCUUUGCGGAAGAGAAUUUGAUCGUGUGUGCUCCUGAACGGCCAAAAUUAUUAUCUCUAUGAGUUUCUGUGGCGUGUGAAUCUUCCCACUACCCCUAUCGCCUAAGUUCCUAAUUAUCUACAAAAACAAAAACUGCUCAACGAUGGAUUUUCCAAAAAGUUUACUUUUCCUCACUUUGGUGGUAUCUAUCGCCGCCCGGUCUACCCUGAUGAGCCGAAUGGACAUCGCACCGAAGGGAUGCAAAUGGCAGCGAGUUCUCGAUGAGAAUGCUGAGGAUGAGAACACCGUGACAACCGUUCUUUCAUGCAAGCUGAAAACAAUCGGCGGCACCGAUACGCUGAUGCGUAAUUUGAGCUCCUACCAGAUUGAACGCAUCAAUUCGCUGAAAUUGGAGUGCAGCGACAUUCUGUUCUUUGAGAGCUCCCUAGAAGCCAAUCAACAUUCGGGAGCAUUCCUAGGUUCCCUGAAACGCCUACGCGAUCUCAAGAUCGAAUACUGUAAAAUAAAGUACGUGCCUUCGAUGGUCCUCUCGACGCUGAGGGAUCUCCGCUCGCUAUCGCUGCGAACUCACAACACCGAUUGGUCCGCAAUGAAUCUGGAGUUCCAUCCGGAAAGUUUCCGUGGGCUGACUGAGCUCAAGCGGUUAGAUCUCGCCGACAACAACAUCUGGAGCUUGCCGACUGAUGUGUUCUGUCCAUUGUUUUCACUGCGGCAGCUCAAUUUGACCAAGAACCGGCUAACUGACAUCUCCCAGCUCGGAUUUUCCGACUGGGGCAACGGUCCCACCGCACCCGGUAAAGCUUGCAAUACCGGCUUGGAAGUUCUAGAUCUCUCAUACAACGACAUACUUUCGCUUCCCGAUAAUGGCCUUUCGUCGUUGAGAUCGCUCAAUAUUCUGCUCAUUGAAGAUAAUCUUCUGAGUUCACUGGCUGACCGCUCUUUCGUUGGUCUUGGAUCACUCAAAGUCCUGAACAUGUCCAGCAACAAACUUGUCGCUCUCCCACCGGAGCUCUUCCAAUCUCCACGUGAACUUCGCCAGAUCUAUCUACAAAAUAAUUCCUUGUCGGUGCUCGCCCCUGGUUUGCUUGAAGGUCUUGAUCGACUUGAAAUAUUGGAUCUUUCACACAACGAACUAACCUCCGAAUGGAUCAACCGAGAUACUUUCGCCGGCCUGAAGCGUCUCGUGGUGCUUGACAUCAGCUUCAACAGCUUAACAAAAAUCGACCGGCACGUAUUCCGUGAACUCUACAGCCUCCAAGUGCUGAACCUAGAGUCCAACCUUAUCGAAACCAUCGCUGAUAACGCAUUUAGUGAUCUGAAAAACCUCGUCGCCCUUACACUCUCCCAUAACAAGCUGAAACGAAUCGAUCAGCACCAUUUCAGCGAACUGUAUGUCCUGAACCAGCUGUACAUCGAAUCGAACGUCAUCGACUCUAUGCAUCCUCGCGCCCUCGAGAAUCUGACCAACCUAAACGAUCUCAAUCUGAAUGACAACCAUUUGACGGAAAUUCCAGAGGGGCUCGGCAAGCUGCGCUUCCUCAAAUCACUGGAUUUGGGCAAAAAUCGAAUCGUAACCGUCUAUAAUGCCUCGUUCGAGGGUCUGGAACAAUUGCUCGGCCUUCGGCUGGUGGAAAACCGGAUUACCAACAUCUCUCGGGAUGCUUUCGUAACCCUGUCAUCGCUGCACGUGCUCAAUUUGGCUUCGAAUCAGAUUCGUCACAUCGAUCAAUCGGCAUUCAGUUCGAAUCCCACGAUUAGAGCGAUUCGGUUGGAUAACAACGAGCUAGAGGACAUCAGCGGGGUGUUUACGUCGCUGCCGGCACUGGUGUUUCUGAAUGUGUCGGAUAAUCAGAUUAGAAAUUUCGAUUACAGUCAUCUGCCACCUUCGCUGGAGUGGUUGGAUAUGCAUCAGAAUAACAUAACGGAAUUGGGCAAUUAUUACGAUCUGAACAAUCUGCAGAUCAAGAUGUUGGAUGUGUCGUUCAAUCGACUGGUUACGGUGGACAACAAGAAUAUUCCAGACAGUAUUGAGACGCUGUUUUUGAAUAAUAACAUCUUGGAGGAGGUGGCCGCAGGGACGUUCCUGAACAAGAAAAGUCUGGAGAAGGUGGUGCUGUAUGGAAAUUACAUAAAGAAGUUGGAGAUUGGAGCGUUGGCGUUGACUCGAGUUGGGGACGAUAGGGAUAUGCCUCAGUUCUACAUCGGCGACAAUCCGAUCCAUUGCGACUGUACGAUGGAGUGGCUGCAGGGGAUCAAUAAACUAUCGCAUCUGAAGCAGCACCCAAGAGUGAUGGAUCUGGACACGGUAAUGUGUACGAUGGAACAUGAACGGGGGGCUUCGAUUCGGCCGCUGAUGGAUUUGAACACCCAUGAUUUCCUGUGCCAGUAUGAAACGCAUUGCUUUGCUACGUGCCAUUGUUGUGACUUUGAUGCUUGUGAUUGUAAAAUGACCUGUCCGGAUCGGUGUAGUUGCUAUCACGAUCACACGUGGAAGACGAACAUUGUCGACUGUGGAAAUGCAGACUAUACGGAAGUGCCGGAGCACAUUCCGAUGGACGCGACUACGAUCUACUUGGACGGGAAUGAUCUGAAACAGCUGGGAAGUCACCAGUUUAUCGGGAAGAAGAAAUUGGAAGUGCUUUAUCUGAACAAUAGUAACAUUGCAAAUGUGCACAAUAGGACAUUUAAUGGAAUUCCGAGUUUGCGAGUGCUACAUUUGGAGAACAAUUACAUUGAAGAACUGCGUGGGUUUGAGUUUGACCAGUUGACCAAUUUGAACGAACUAUAUUUGGACCAUAACACGAUCGGUUACGUGGGUGAGAAGACGUUUGAAAAUCUGAAAUUUUUGGAAGUGAUUAACCUGAGUGACAAUAAGAUAAGCGGAUUCUCGCCGUGGCAAGCGUUGGCGGCGGCUUCGGAAACGGGAUCGCUGAGCAAGGUUUCGCUCGAAGGGAACCGAUGGAAGUGUGACUGUGAAUCAUUACACAAAAUGCAGAGGUGGGUUAGAGACGUGAGUGGUGACUUUGACAUUAAUCGAAUGAUCUGUGCGGACAAUAGAGUGGUUGGAGAAGUGAUAAGUUCCUGUGAAAGUCAGCUGGAGUUUGAUAACGAGGUAGCUCCUCCGGCAGUGCAUCGGACGGUGUUGAUGGGGCACGGAUUGAUCGGAGGGGGCUACGUACCGCUUCUGGCGGCAAUAGUUGUAGCAAUCAUCGGAACCGCACUGAUAGUGGCACUUGCUUGCGUCUUCAGGCAAGAUGUGCGACUGUGGGCACAUGCCAAGUAUGGUGUCCGAUUGGUAAAGGAUCCGAUCAUAAUGGCGAGUAAGGAGCAGGACAAUGAUAAGCUCUAUGACAGCUAUGUAGUGUACAGUAUUCACGAUAACGAGUUUGUCGGAAGGCUUCUGGGGGCUGAACUCCAGCACUACGGUUACUCAAUUUGCCUUCAUCAUCGUGAUGUUCACUCCAAUACGUUCCUCUCGGAUUCGCUGCAGACUGCAGCUGAUGCUUCGAAGAAGGUCAUCCUGGUAGUAUCGAUGAAUUUUCUGCAGAAUGAGUGGUCGCAGCCACAAUUCCGGGUAGCCGUUCAGUCAGUCAUUGAAAACAUCCGACCCGCUUACCGGAGGCACAAGAUCGUGGUUGUCUUGACCGCACCGGUGGAACUGGUAGCGAUGGAUCCUAUCAUGAAUCUACUGAUACGAACCUGCACUGUAGCCUGCUGGGGAGAACGGAAGUUCUGGGACAAACUCCGGUACGCUCUACCGGAUGUCAACAAGGACCGAACGUUGAAGAAACUCGGUGAUAUCACGCGGAGUCCCAAUCUCCGGUAUACACCGGCUCCAACUGCCAUGGAUCAGUGGUGUAAGAUAAGUCACCCGGGAGUGGCCAUGCCAGUGGCCGUACCUCAGAGCACACCGUCUCAGAGUACCUGCAACACGGAGGAUGAGUCCUCUUCGGCUUCAUCGCAGCAUUACGAGGCUCCCCAGUCCCACUACAACAUGAGCCGGUCCAGUGCCUCGCUUGGUCACGUGUACUCCACGAUACCGGAGACGCCCCAGAUGGGACGCAACGGAAGAGCUUAUUUCGUGUAAGAUAUGCCUGUGAACCAUUAGACUAAACUGCUUCUUUGUUUCUUAGUUGUAUACAAUUACGUUAGCUUAACUCUCGGUUAACCUGUGUGGAAUGUGUAUAUUUGUACAG